GACCUCAUGAUCCACCCGCCUCGGCCUCUCAAAGUGCUGGGAUUACAGGCUUGAGACACCGCAGCCGGCCUGACCCUGUUUCAAAAAAAAAAAGGGCCCACAAGUCAGGAAGAAGCUCCUGAGGAGGGUGUGUGAAAAGAAAGGAGGGACUCAGGCCAGGCCCAGUGGCUCACACCUCUAAUCCCAGCAUGCUGGGGAGCUGAGGCAGGCGGAUCACUUAAAAACAGGAGUUUGAGACAGCCUGGCCAACAUCUUAAAAUCCGGUCUCUACAAAAAAUACAAAAACAAUCUAGGUGUUAUAGUGGGCAUCUGUAAGCCAAGCUACUUGGGAGACUGAGGCAGGAGAAUCACUGAAACCCAGGAGAUGAAGGCUGCAGUGAGCUAAAAAGGCACCACUACACUCCUGCUUGGGUGACAAAGCAAGACUCUGUUUUAAAAAAAAAAAAUGAGGGACUCAGAGAGCCAGGGACCAGGGAAGGAAAUGAGGAAGCAUUCUGAGGAGAAAUGGAAGAAUGGGGAGGAGGAGAGGCACAUGGGGUUCGGCAAGGGAGAAGCCAGCAGCCUGAGGGGCUGGGAGGAUGGAGAGCGGUUUGGGGUUUUGGGUCAGGGUCUAAGGUGAUCAACUGCAGAAUCAUUAAUUACACGGUGGCCUGCUUUCUUUACUCAGUCCCUUGGGUAGAUCCCGGCACCCCGAGUAAGUUCCUUUACUGGAACAUGAAGAGGGAGUGGUUGGACAAAUCUGAGGAGGAGCCCAAGGAGGAGACAGAGAAGAAGCCUGAGGAGACCUGGGUGCUAGACACCCUGUGUGGGCUCAAGAUGAAGUUAAAGCGAGAGUGUGUGUCACCCGUGCUCCCUGAGCACUACAAGGCUUUCAACAGGCUGCCUGAUUCCAGCCCGCCUAGUUUCCUUUCUUGGCAAAAGAAGAGGGACUGGUCGGACGAAUCGGAGGAGGAGCUGGAGGAGAAGACAGAGAAGGAGUGCACCCCUGAGCCUGAGGAGACCCCGGUGCUAGACACCCUGUGUGGGCUCAAGAUGAGAAUAAAGAGACGGCGAGUGUCACCCGUGCUGCCUGCUACCUGGCCAGUGACAUGGAGGAGGACAGCCAGGGCCCCAAACAAGCCAUCUUCAACUUUCUGUAUGGGAAGGACCGCUCCCAGCGAUGCUUAUUCCAGAAGCUUCAGUUCCAGUUCUUCUGUUCCAUGCGCUGCAGGGCUUGAGUUUCCCUGGAGGAGCUGAAAGAGAUCCAGGCUUAUGACCCAGAGCACUGGGUAUGGGCACGAAAUCGUGCCCUCUUUUCUUAGAGCUACAGGACCGUGGAGGCCUGAGGUCAUCGGCCUGAGAGAAGGUAUGUCUGCAUCCCCCGGAGUCAAGGCAGAAUUUUGUGUCUAUUUAGAAAAUCCAAGGAACUCAAUUGCUUGAUGUAGCUUCAAGCAUGGGCAACUUGGCGAGAUUCACUCUCCACAAAAAUUCACAAAUUAGCUGGAUGAUAUGGGAGGCAUCUCUAUUCCCAACUACUCGGGAGGUUGAGGAGGGAGGAUCGCUGAAGCCUGGGACACUGGGGCUGAGGGAGAGACCUGAUCCUGCCACUGUACUCCAUCCAGCCUGGUUGACACAGUGAGACCCUGUCUCAAAAUUCAUCAGAAAUACUGAGUUCCAGGAAGUUCAUUAGGAUUGACACAUUUGAAUUACCUAUGUGGGUCAAGGAUUCAGUGAAGAUUCGGUUUACAUCUUGUGCAGCUAACCACGUUGAGGACUCAGCAUGAGACUUCAACAUUAGGAAGUAGGACUAUGGAUUAGGCUCCGGGACUCCUGGUUUGUGAUGUUGUCACAUUAGAAACGUAUCUAGCGUGGUUAGCAGUUUAGAUCUUAAGUGACAUGAAAAGCCCCACAUGUGAUGAAGUCUAAAGCCACAUUGUCUGAGGGUUCCUUACUCCCUGGGCAGACCGACUCGAAGUCCUGGCAAGGAAAUAGAUAACUGGGGAUGGCCUUGGGUGUAAUAAGUGAGUUUUGGAGUCAGGGUCACCAAAGUGUGCGUAUCACAAUUGAACAGCACGGUUCAGAAGCAGGCUAGAGAAUGAAGGGCAGGAGAUGAAACUGGAUUGAUCAAUUGCUCUGAACUCUAGUUAGAAUUGACAUGGGACGUGAAUGACCUUCCUAGAGAACUGCUUCCUUGAAACCUGACCACCUCUCUCACUUCCAGAAAACCAGGCCCAGGGGAAAUGCAGAUUUUCAGCAUGAAGUUGAUUCCAAUGCUAAUGACAGACACCAGGAAAAAGGAGAGGAGCCAUUUCUGCAGAUCAUCUAGAAGAGCCUGGACUGUUCUAGAAGGAGCUGAAUAAAGGACAAUAGAUUGCCCUUCCAGGAGUUGGGGGCGGGGAGACGGUACUUCUAGGAAUCUGUGGAAGACAGUGAGAAACCAGGGGUGUUUCUGAUUCCACUCCUUCCUGCAGCACCACCUCCCUUUUUAUAUUGCUGAGUUCCAGCCUCCCUGGGGUGGAACCUGGAGGUUCUGUUUCCUGUAAACUUGGUUGCCCCAGUCCAGGAGAAUUUGAAGGCACAGUGCAGGGGCUCAGAUUGGCACGGACUUAUUUGUAAAAUAUGAGUGCCAUAGGAUUGUAACAGAUAGCUUCAUGCAUAUGCAUUUUUGUGGUUUCUUUGUAAAAUGUUGGCCAUCAAAUAAUUAAUAUGUUUAUUUCAAAUAGUUUGGAAAUUGUUGUACUUUUGAAAACAUGCUGUUCCUGUAGAGUUUUUGAUGAGAGUUACAGCUGUUAUAUAUACAUAAAUAUAAUCUUCUUUUCAUUUUUAAGAAUUCUUUUCAUCCUAAAUCUUCUAUUAAAUUGUUUUAUUAUAAUAUGUGCUCCUGAAGGGAGCCUCUUUAUCUAUGAUACUUACAUGAUAAUCUAUUGUAUUUAUAGCUAUGUGGUAGUUCCCCUAAAUUCUUGUGAUACAAAUUUUUAUUCGCUGUUUAAUGUUUGUUACUGAAUUCUGAGUAUUUAGUUGUGAUUUUUAACAUCUUAGAUAUAUACUAAUAUGUCUAAUAUGUACUAUACAUUUAGUGGUUUAUUUUGAAAAAGAUGGGCACAGAAUUAUUACUACACUUAUUUUAAAUACUUUGGAAAUACGGGUAUUUUUUAAUAGAUGCUGUUCCUAUAAAGUUGUGUGAUAGGUGUUAUAGCUGUUAUAUACACAUAAAUAUAAUUUUGGUUUCCUUUUUAUGAGAGGAUUCUUUUUAUUCUAAAUCUUUUAUCUUUAAAUCUUUGUAUCUAUUAAUGCGUGUGGUACUGAAGCAAGCACUCUUUUUACCUAUACUACUUAGUAUAUCUAUUACAUUUAUCGCCAUGUGAUAGUUCCCAUAAAUUCAGGUAAAAAUAAAUUUUUAUUUGAUGUUAAGUGUAUGUUUUUGAAAUGUGAGAACUCAGACUUAAUUUUUGCCUCGUAUUGACAUGUUUGUACGUUACCUUGAAGAGGAUAUGUGUUUUGAACAAGGCCAUGAGCUGUGUGUUUUGAAGUAGGCCAUGAGCUGUGUGUUUUCAAGGGAACAGUGCAGUGCAUCUCUUGGGAAACCUAAUAAACAUGAAGUUUUCUCAUCUUCACAGUAAGUGUGAUCAGAUUGCUCUGAAUUGAUAUUUGCUGUCAAGUGACAUUUUUCAUUAACAGGGUUGUGGUUACUUGAAUAUAUUUAUUAGCUCUGAAGGAUAAUCCUGUUAGCUGGGCACAGUGGCGCAUGCCUGUAAUCUCAGCUUCUCAGGAGGCUGAGGCAGGAGAAUUGCCUGAACCCAGGAGGCGGAGGUUGCGGUGAGCCGAGAUCGCGCCAUUGCACUCCAGCCUGGGUAACAAGAGCCAAACUCUGUCUCAAAAAAAAAAAAGAAAGAAAAAAACAUAAGGCUGGGUGCAGUGCACACACCUAUAAUCCCAGCACUUUUGGGGGUCACAGUGGGAGGAUCAUCUGAGGCCAGGAGCUUGAGACCAGCCUGGGUAACAUGGCAUCUACAUCUAUUUUUUUUAAAGUUUUUUUUAAAAGGAAUAAGGAGAAGAGAGGGCUGAUCCCAAGCUAGAGUUUGUUUGGUUUUUUUGCUUUCCUUUUUGAGACAGAGUGUCACUCUGUCUCCCAGGUUGGAGUGCAGUGGCACAAUCACAGCUCAGUGCAAACUCUACCUCCCAGGUCCAAGUGAUUUUUCUGCCUCAACCUCCCUAGUAGCUAGAAUUACAGUGUGUGCCACCACACGUGGCUAUUUUUUGUACUUUUAGUAGAGGCAGGAUUUCAACAUGUUGGCCAGGCCGGUCUCGAACUCCUGACUUAAGGUGAUAUGCCCGCCUCAGCCUCCCAAAGUGAUGGGAGUACAGGCAUAGCCACUGUGUCCAGCCCAGCAUGAUACUUCCUUUUCUUGUGUGAGAUGGAGUCUCACUCUGUCUCCUAGGCUGGAGUGCAGUGAUGCUAUCUUGGCUCGCUGCAACCUUUGCCUCCUGGGUUUAAGUGAUUCUCCUGUCUCAGCUUCCUGAGUAGCUGGAACUACAGGCACAUGCCACCAUACCCAGCGAAUUUUUUAUUUUUAUUUUUUUUUAGUAGAGACAGGGUUUCACCAUGUUGGCCAGGAUGAUCUUGAACUCCUGACAUCAGGUGACCCACCCACCUUUGCUUCCCAAAGUGCUGAGAUUGCAGGUAUGAGCCACUGUGCCUGGCCUGAUACUUUCAUUACAGUUUUAUGUAAGAAAAACACUGGCAAAAGUUAAGACCAGCCAAAAGCAGAGACACAAAACGCAAACUCUGAGAGGGUGUCAAAGAUGCCCUCUCUGUGUCCUAAGGACGCCCCAUCCUCUCAGCACACUGAUGUGUGUCACCAGCCAAGGAAGCUCCCCUGGGCUUCCACAUCCAGGGCUUUUAUUACAGUGGCCGGGUUGAUUCAGUCACUGGCCAGGCAGCUCAGUCCAUCUCUAGCCCCCUAGUUCCUUUCUGGGAGUCGGGCUGACACCAUGUGGCUUGAAGUCACAACCUUCAAAUCACAUGGUUGGUCAUCUGGUAUGUGUGACCCCUUGCCAAGCCAUCUGGUUGGCAUGAACUCAGGUGUAACCCUGGGGAGCCACUGUGAGUAACAGACAUGCCUAUCACCCAGGAAAUUCCAAGGACAUAUAGUCUCUCCAGCAAUCAGAGACAAAGACUGAAACAACUGGGAAUAAGCGGGGAAGUGUCAGACAGCAGAGAAACAC